CCAACCUUUAUCGGCUACCCCAUCAGCAUCUUCUUCAUCGUCAUCAAUGAGUUCUGCGAGCGGUUCUCCUACUAUGGCAUGCGAGCUGUGCUCGUUUUGUAUUUCAAAUACUUCCUGCACUGGGAUGACAACUUGUCUACAGCCAUCUACCACACAUUCGUGGCUCUGUGCUACUUGACACCGAUCCUUGGAGCGCUCAUUGCAGACUCUUGGCUGGGGAAGUUUAAGACUAUUAUUUCCCUGUCCAUUGUCUAUACAAUUGGGCAGGCGGUCAUGGCUAUAAGCUCCAUAAAUGACCUGACUGAUUCCAACCGGGAUGGCACUCCGGAUCACAUUGCAGUGCAUGUUGUCCUGACUGUUAUUGGCCUGAUCCUCAUUGCGCUUGGUACUGGUGGCAUCAAACCUUGUGUGUCAGCAUUUGGUGGAGAUCAGUUUAACGAAGAUCAGGAAAAACAAAGAACUAGGUUCUUCUCUAUCUUUUAUUUGUCUAUUAAUGCUGGAAGUCUUAUAUCCACUAUAGUCACCCCCAUUCUGAGAGGUCAAGAAUGUGGCAUUCAUAGCAAACAGCGAUGUUACCCACUAGCCUUUGGAGUUCCUGCUGCCCUCAUGGCUGUGUCACUGAUUGUGUUCAUAAUUGGAAGCGGAAUGUACAAGAAAGUUCAGCCUCAAGGCAAUAUAAUGGUUGAAGUUUCCAAAUGCAUUGGAUUUGCCAUCAAAAAUAGGUUUCGGCAUCGCAGCAAGGAAUUCCCCAAGAGAGAGCACUGGCUAGACUGGGCGAGCGAGAAGUACGAUAAGCGGCUUAUUGCUCAGACUAAGAUGGUGCUGAAGGUGCUUUUCCUGUACAUUCCUCUCCCCAUGUUCUGGGCGCUCUUUGACCAGCAGGGGUCAAGAUGGACACUGCAAGCCACAACCAUGGAUGGGAAUUUUGGAGCUAUUCAGAUUCAGCCCGACCAAAUGCAGACUGUGAAUCCAAUCCUGAUUAUUGUCAUGGUCCCAGUUGUAGAUGCUGUGAUUUAUCCUUUAAUUAAGAAAUGCGGGAUCAAUUUUACGCCGCUGCGGAAGAUCACUGUUGGCAUGUUCCUUGCAUCUCUGGCUUUUGUUGCUGCCACCCUUGUGCAAGUGCAAAUAGAUAAAACUCUUCCUGUGUUCCCUACAGCUGGGCAAGCCCAAAUCAAAGUAAUAAAUCUAGGCUCUGCUAAUGCAGCAGUUGAGUUUCAACCCGGACUUAUGAACGUGACUGUAGAACCUCAUGAGGCAUCGGACUAUAUGGUAUUUAAGACUUCUGAGUUAAGCAGUGUAUCUGUAAUGUUUGGAAAUCAAGCUACAAAUGCAGGGAUGGACUUACUAGAUGGUAAACGUCAGACUCUUGCUGUUAAGAAUGUUGGAACAACCAUUGUAACUGAAUGGCUGCAUGACAAUAUCACAUCAAAACCAGAAGAAGGAAAUAAUCUCAUCAGAUUUCUAAACAAUAUGGAUCAGCCAGUCAAUGUCAGUAUGGCUGGCACUCACUUUGGAUCCCUGCCUUCUCUGUCUGCCAGUAAUUAUGAAGCCUUUUCAAGAGGAAGGUAAGCAUUUCCUAAAAAAAUUACUGCGAAUACAACCUCAUUUUCUUGUGAAGUUUCCUCAAAGACGUUUGGAUUUGGCAGUGCCUAUACAAUUGUAAUUAAUGGGUGUUCUGGAAACUUAUUAAACACAACAUAUGUUGAAGAUAUUCCGCCCAACACAGUCCACAUGGCUUGGCAAAUCCCCCAGUAUUUUAUUCUUACAUGUGCUGAAGUAGUUUUCUCUGUCACUGGACUGGAGUUUUCAUACUCACAGGCCCCAUCUAAUAUGAAGUCAGUGCUGCAAGCAGGAUGGCUGCUAACGGUGGCUGUUGGUAACAUAAUUGUCCUAAUUGUGGCUGGAGCAUCCAAACUCAGCGAGCAGUGGGCAGAAUAUGUGCUCUUUGCUGCCUUGCUGUUGGUGGUUUGCGUUAUUUUUGCUGUUAUGGCUUAUUUUUAUACUUACAUUGAUCCAAAUGAGAUUGAAGCCCAGCUUGAUGAGGAUGAGAAGAAACAAGCCAAAAAGGAUAAAGACCCUGAAAAUGAAGCUGAAGCUGUCUCUCGGAUGUAAAAUGUGUAUUCAAGGAGUGUUGUA